CUCUGCACAUCAGCAGCCAGCCGGGCUCCCUGUCUCAGUCAGACAGACAGCGGCUCAGGCAGCACGUCCACCCGGGAGAGAGACAGCAGCGCUCACGGCGCAUAGGCACCGAAGACUGAACCGACACUUCCCAAACCCGGUCUUCUUAAAUGGAUAUAUUCUUGUUGUAACGCUUUUUUUCCCCAGUCUGGACUGUGUCCUUUUCAGAUAAGGGGGGAAAAAAAACGAGAAAGACUCGGACUUGCUGUUUUUUUAUAUAUAUAUUUUUUUAGGUGCCUGGUUCGUCUCGACCCUUCACAGGGAGCCGCUCUCCCCACAUCGUUAGCUCGCUAAGCUAGCUAGCCAGCCCGCUAACUUAGCGGUGAUACUUUGUACCGUAUCAUCGUCAGUUUUCUGCCUCGGAGCUAGCCUGCGGUCUUCUGCGCCACGGCGGCGGAUUGACGUGACCCGUCACGACAGGAGCAUGUUUGAGUGACGCGUACAGGAGGAAGCGGGAUCCCUGAGGCUCAGGCCCUCUCUGCACAUCUGGCCAGAGACCCCUCGUGUCACUAGAAAAGGAUGCGAAAGUUCGCCUACUGUAAGGUGGUUCUAGCCACCUCUCUGGUCUGGGUGAUGCUGGACAUGUUCAUCCUACUCUACUUCAGCGAGUGUAACAAGUGUGACAACAGAAAGGAGAGAGGACUGCCCGGGAGAGAUGAUGGCCUGUCCAGACCGCGGGACGGGCCUGGUGAAGGCGGGAAGCCGGUGUUGAUCCCUAAAGAGAAGCAGGAGAAAAUGAAGGAGAUGUUUAAGAUAAACCAGUUCAACCUCAUGGCUUCUGAGAUGAUAGCUCUCAAUCGCUCGCUGCCUGAUGUUCGUCUGGAGGGCUGCAAGAACAAGUUAUACCCUGAUAAUCUUCCCCGCACCAGCGUGGUGAUCGUUUUUCACAACGAGGCUUGGACCACGCUGCUGCGGACCGUCCACUCGGUCAUCGAUCGCUCUCCACACACACUGCUGGAGGAGAUUGUCCUGGUGGACGACGCAAGCGAGAGAGACUUUCUGAAACGGCCGCUGGAGCAGUACGUCAGAAAGUUAGAAGUGCCUGUGAGAGUGGUGAGGAUGGACCAGCGGUCUGGACUCAUCCGGGCUCGCCUCAAAGGGGCCUCCAUCUCUACCGGACAGGUCAUCACCUUCCUGGAUGCUCAUUGUGAAUGCACCACAGGGUGGCUGGAGCCUCUGCUGGCCCGCAUCAAACAAGACAAGAAGACAGUCGUGUGCCCCAUAAUCGACGUCAUAAGCGACGACACGUUUGAGUACAUGGCAGGAUCUGACAUGACGUACGGAGGCUUCAACUGGAAGCUCAACUUCCGCUGGUACCCCGUACCUCAGAGGGAGAUGGACCGUCGCAAAGGAGACCGCACGCUACCCGUCAGGACUCCCACCAUGGCAGGCGGCUUGUUCUCCAUAGACAGGGAUUAUUUUCAGGAGAUCGGCACGUAUGACGCAGGCAUGGACAUCUGGGGCGGAGAGAACCUGGAAAUCUCUUUCAGAAUCUGGCAGUGCGGAGGGACUCUGGAGAUCGUCACGUGCUCGCACGUGGGUCACGUGUUCAGAAAGGCGACGCCCUACACGUUUCCCGGAGGAACGGGACAGAUCAUCAACAAAAAUAACCGCCGCCUGGCAGAGGUCUGGAUGGAUGAAUUCAAGAACUUCUUCUACAUCAUCUCUCCUGGUGUGACCAAAGUGGACUACGGUGACAUCUCAUCUCGCUCUGGCCUGAGACACAAGCUCCAGUGUAAGCCCUUCAGCUGGUAUUUGGAGAACGUCUACCCCGACUCCCAGAUCCCCAGGCACUAUUACUCCCUGGGAGAGAUCCGGAACGUGGAGACCAACCAGUGCUUGGACAACAUGGCCCGCAAGGAAAAUGAGAAGGUUGGCAUUUUCAACUGCCACGGCAUGGGAGGCAACCAGGUUUUCUCCUACACGGCCAACAAGGAGAUCCGGACAGACGACUUGUGUUUAGAUGUGUCCAAGCUAAACGGGCCCGUCAUGAUGCUCAAGUGUCAUCACCUUAAAGGCAACCAGCUGUGGGAAUACGACCCUGUGAAGCUGACUCUGGUCCACGUCAACAGUAACCAGUGUCUGGACAAGGCCAGCGAGGAGGACAGCCAGGUGCCCAGCGUCAGAGACUGCACACACUCCCGUUCCCAGCAGUGGCUGCUGCGCAACGUCACACUACCCGAGGUCUUCUGACCACGCUCCGCACACUCCCAAACGCACACUCCCCCCCCCCACACACACACACACACAGAGCGGGCCCAGAGCGAGCAGGCGGACGAGCGGGGCAUGUUUCAUUCAAUCUGGGCGCGAGGACAGAGACUUCCCUGGAGGGGAUUCAGGAGGACGGAUGGGACGGUACUACAUCUGCCAGAGAUCGGAGGAAGGAGAGUCUUCAAGCUUCCUGUGGACUGUGGAGACUCCCCCCUCAGAGACCAUAUCUGUCGUUUUACACCUCUUUUCUUUUUGUUUUUUUGUUUUUUUUUUAAGAAGAGAUUUUAAGAGUGACUGGUUCCUGCAGGCGAAUCCAGAACCGUGGAGACGAGGUUCAGCACACAGCCUUCCCUCAGCUCAUCACCCCAACGUUUACUGACUGCCUCCGAUCAGCGUGCGUGCACUUACCUGUGUGUCUGAACUGAGAUGAAUGUAAGCUUUUAGAAGGGGCCUGAACAUUUGUUUGUUUUCCUUAAAUUCUUGUUUGUUUGUUUGUUUGUUUUUUUUAUUUAAUUUUAUAACUGAUAUUGAACGUGAACUCAUAUGAAGAAGGAUGCAUGUUUGACUGCGUGUGUGAGUGGUUAUGUCUUGUGUGUGGCUGCGUGUGUGUGUGUGUGUGUGUGUGUGUGUGUGUGUGUGUGUGUGUGUGUGUGUGUGGACGUGUCGGAGCCCCUCCUUGCGGUCUUGCAGCAGCGUAUGUCCCCCCCUGGUGUCGCAGCUCGGUAUCUCGUCUCACAGACUGAAGCCUCCACGCUGAGAGGGUGGGAUUGUGGGCACGUCGUAUAAACAAAAAAAAAAACGAAAAAGAGAGAAAAACUCAACCCGACGUCUGCCAACAGCAGAAACGUAGAGAUAGAGAAAUAUGUUUUGUGAUAUCUUCAGAUUUCUAUGUCCCGUUUUUACAUGCCUUGUCUGUUUCUACUGUUUCGGUAACCCUUUUAGUUUGUUUUCUUUGAGGACGCGCGGCCGACGCCCUCGCCAACACCAACAGGCUACUUGGAUAUUUAACUGAAACUUACUGCCUACUGUAGUGUUUAACCAUUAGAGGCGCUUCAGUGAAACACUACAAAGCCACACGCUCUCUGUGAAAGGCAGUUCCUAACGCUGCAUCUCAGUAGAUGAGAAUAUCAUGAAAAACGAUGUCUCAGUAACUCCAUUUAAAAAGGGCAAACCCAAAGAGUAUGUAGAUAACUUACUCAUGUUGAUUAAUUCCAAUAUAACUUUUGACGGUUCAGGCUUACUGCUAAGAAACCCCCAAAUUGGUUUCUCAGGAAGUUGGAAUAUUACGUUUUGUUUUCCAAACACAGGAACGUCGGGGUUAUUGAAUUGCACGUCCAAGUGUCGUACGGCGCAUGUCCUGAGUCGGGGUUCCUACAGCGUCCACGCUGCGUGGCAUGUAGGCGAUCCGCCUGUGGCUCGGCUUAACGAGCAGCUGUCCUCUCAUCUGCAUCGCUGCCUCCGCUGUUUCUCUUCUUCUUCUCCACAAUGCUCCACAGAUUCUAUGUGGGCAGGCGGCGAGUCUUGCUGGUAAAGGAAAUGAGCAUCUUCAUCUGUGAAGGGGAAGCCUAAGGGGCUCUGAAGGGUCCUAAUAGGUGCCUGCACUGACUUUAGGCUCGGGGGGGGGGGGCACAUGACACGUCACCCAAAAUCAUCCUCCACCAUGGAAACGUCACUCUGGGGAUCGUGUGCCUCUGCACUCUUCCUCUAGACUCUGGGACCUCGAUUUCCAAAUGAAAUUUAAACUUUCUGAGGUCUCUGGUUCAGGACUGCCUUAACACAAGAAAUGUGACCGCUGUAGCUUGAGUCCUGGAUCCCUCUGUGGGUGGUGGCUGUUUGAUGGUCUGACUCCCAGUAAAUCUCCCCCGACAUCCUAAAUGGGCUUUGUUUCAUGAUCCUUUCAAGGCUGCUGGUAUCCCUUUGUUUCUUCCUCAUUUUUUCCUUCCACUAAGCUUUCCAUUAUCAUGCUUGGGUGCAGAACACUGAGCAGCCAUCUUGUUUUUAGCUUUGAGCCUUUUUUGGGGGGGUCAGUGACUCCGCUGGAUAACAUCUUAAUUCACAGUUUUCUCUAUAAUGUUGGAGAAAACAACAUUUCUGUAUUAAAACUCGUUUUUGUGUUGGUCCUGUGUAAUAUUCUAAUUUUCUGCUAAACUGAAUUUUGGGGUUUCUUUUGUUGUGCACCAUGAUGAACAUAAAAAAGUAAUAAUUACCCGCUGUAAUGGGUGUUUUAAAUAGCGGGUUUUUGAGUUACUGAAACAAAUUAACUUUUCAGUGAAAGUCGAAUUUAUUGAGAUGCAAAAGUGAUCCCAUAUCGACCUCUAUCAGAAAAUACACUCCAAGGGCUUCUCUCCUGCAGUGGAGUGUGUGGAAGCACCUGUUUUUCCUUCAUCUUUAUUCAUUAGGUCAAACUUUAUUUUAUUUAAUUCUUUUUUUUAUUCAUUUUUUAGCAGCAAAGAGCCCAUACUGCUGAGUAACGAUCAGCAUAUCCACACCGGCAGCAGUGCAGCUGCUGUAAGGAUACAUAAGCAGUGUUUAUUUGGUGUUUUAGAAAAAUAAACAGUAAGCGUAUAAAUGUGGAGACUUAGAAGGGAGCAGACGAUAUAUCUUAACGCAUAAUCACGUCUUGUUUUGCAAGUUUACCUGCAGUAUUUCUGGAUUCAUAUUUCAGUCUCUGUCAACAGAGCCAUUAUCAUCUCAACCAUCACAAUACUGUUUAUUUUUGUCUUGUUUUUGUUUGUUUUUUUGUCACUCCUGCUGCUGUAAGUCAGAGCACGAGUCAUUUUGUAAAGGUUUGAAACAUUUCUGCUUCCUCCAGUGGAGGAAGGGUUUACGCGCCAUGCAGGCUUUCCUUUGGACGGCGGCACGGAGAGAGGAGGCCGUCGACUGGACUUUCAUAUCUGAGCGAGCGAGUGACUGUGACGGUGAAGAUGUUUUUUGAUAGUGAGACUGAGGGAGUGCAUCAUUUGUUCCCAUGUUGGGGGGGCCGGGAGAGGGCGGGGUUAAAAAGCAACUGACAUGUCCAGGCUUCCACACUGAGCUGAUCCAAAUGUAGAAAAUAAAGGUGAACAGGUUUACAGAAGAA